UAUAAGUCCUAUCAUAAUUCUCUAAUUAGCUCGCAUUUACAAAACAAAUCUUAACAUAGUGCAUAUUUUGAGAAAUGGAGAGAAGUAGUGAAGAGAGUAGCACGAACAUGAAGAGGGAAAAAAGAGUAAUGGAUGAGGAAUUUGAAGAUGGAGGUUCGGAAUCAUCAGCAAGGUUGAUAAAAAGAACAAAAGUUGUACCAUCUCUCACUGCAAAUUCUCAAGGUGGUGACUACCCUCGGUCCAUUAAUACUAUGGAAACUUUAAAAAAUAUUGAGAGUCGCCGAUCAAGAAAACCGCCGUGUCCUGGCAGCAGACACUAUGUAUACGAUAACACAUUUUUAGGAUACGGCUGGCUGCUUCCGGGAUGGAUCGUUGAAGAGAGAAUAAUGCAACACGGAAGGCUAUACAGGUAUUACUAUGAUCCUGCAGGGCGUUUGUACCGUACCAAAAAUGAAGUUCUUAUUGCUUGGGAACAGGCAGGUUUGAUUCUUCUUGACAAGUGAUCAUUUGUGAAGGAUCAAGCCCUGAGAUGCAUGCAUGCUGAAACUUUUGAUGGCAGGAGAAUUUGAUCUUUGUAGAAAUUGCAUAUUUUGAGAUUUCAAUAUGUUUUAUCUAAUUUUUCUAAGAGUACUUAUUUGAAGCUUUAGUUUUUAAGAACUUUUAUAUAA